AUGUCUUCACAAGCAGCUUGGACUGACAAGGAGCGCCUGACCUACCUCUUCGCUCUGAUCGAGAAGUCCAACGUCAAGUUCGACUACAACGCUACUCCACGUCCUGAAGGUCGCACCGUCGUCGCGUGCCAGCGCAUGAUGGAGCGCCUGAAGUCGACUCUCAAGAAUGAGCUGGAGGCGUUGUACGAAGGCAGGCCCAUCGAGGAGCGCACGCCAAAGAAGGCUAUUCCUACUAGUACUCCACGCAAGCGCAAGGCCAAGGCUGCCGAUGCAGACGCUGAGUCUCCCACUACUCCUUCCAAGCGCGGCCGCAAGAACAAGAACAAGUCCGAAGCCGUUGUCGAGGAGGAUGCUGCCGCCGAUGCCGAUGACGAGAGGAAGGAAGCUGGUGUCAAGCAUGAGCCUAAGAACGAUGACGAAGAUGAGGAGGAAAUCUAA